UGUUUGUUUUGUUGUUUUCACAUUAGUGACAGUAGAGUUUUCCGUGGUCUGGGGUGUUAAUUCAUACGUUAGAUUGUGUAAUUAUUUUUCGGCUUAAAUUUAAACGCGUUGCAUUAAAUACGAUUUUACGAAAACAUGAGACUGGUUCAAUUGAAGGCAUUUAAAACCCUCCAGCAGAAGUUUUCUGCUGGAUAUUGUAAUAAAUGGCGCCGCCGAAUGUGUUCGAUAGCCGGAUCCAAUUUGCUGGAAAACAGAGACCUCACAUCCGAUAUGAAGCUGGAGAUUGAGCAAAAGUGGCGCAACAAUUUGGGCGAUUAUCGGUUCGAUCCUGCAAGUGGUAAACCCAAAAAAUAUGUGCUUGCAAUGUUUCCGUAUCCGUCGGGGAAUCUGCACAUGGGCCACGUUAGGGUUUACACUAUCAGCGAUGCAAUGGCCCGCUAUUACCGACUGAACGGGGCCAAUGUACUACAUCCAAUGGGGUGGGACGCAUUCGGACUGCCGGCAGAGAAUGCUGCUAUGCAGCGGAAGAUUCCGGCGGAUAAGUGGACAAAACAGAAUAUUGCCCAGAUGCGAGAACAGUUGGAAAAGUUGCAAUUUAGUUUCGAUUGGGAACGAGAAUUUGCGACGUGUGAUCCGGAGUAUUAUCGGUGGACGCAGAAGUUGUUCCUGAUGUUAUAUGAAGAUGGGUUGGCAUAUCAGAAAGAGGCCCAGGUCAACUGGGAUCCCAUUGAUGAGACAGUUCUGGCCGAUGAGCAGGUAGAUGACAACGGAUGUUCUUGGAGGUCUGGAGCUAAAGUGGAGAAGAAGGUUCUGAGGCAGUGGUUUAUUAAAACCACGAGGUUUGCCAAAGCAUUGUACGAUGGUUUGGCUGAUCCUACGCUAGAGGAUUGGAAAGACAUAACAAAACUUCAAAAACAUUGGAUUGGUGAGUGCGAUGGAUAUAAUUUUGAGCUUAAAAUCGUUGGUGAAAAAAAGACUAUCCCUGUUUGGACUAAAUAUCCGGAACAACUAAAGGAAGCACUUUUUGUGGCUGUGCGUCCCACCAGCAUCUGGAAUCAUUAUAAAACGGAUGAGGGAAAGCUUGAUUUAAAUGUCGAGAACCCUCUUUUGGGACACAAUUUGCCUGUUAUUGUAACAGAGAAAGUCAAUUAUCCGGACGGAAACGAUUGUUAUCUGGGAGUAGCAUCAGUGGAAGCAGAUUGCCAGCUUGCGUUGCACUAUCAGUUACCGUUAGAUGUACAACCUCAGAGCAAUAAUGAAGACUUCCGUGGAGACAUUUUAGAUCAAGCAUUUAAAUUGAAAAUGGGUGGAUAUCCUGUUAGUUCGAAAUUACGGGAUUGGCUAAUUUCAAGACAAAGGUUUUGGGGAACACCCAUUCCAAUUAUUCAUUGUGAAAGUUGCGGACCAGUUCCUGUUCCAGUUGCCGAUCUACCCGUUAAGCUACCUCUAGACUCUGUAGGCCUCCCACUGCCUGAGAACGAACAAUGGCUUAAAACAGCUUGUCCAAAGUGCCACUCGCCUGAAGCACGAAGAGAAACCGACACGAUGGACACAUUUGUGGACAGCUCAUGGUACUUCUUACGCUUCCUUGACACCAAGAAUCCUUCGGAGCUUGUAGAUCCUGACCUGUCCCGUCGAAUGAUGCCGGUAGAUUUGUACGUCGGCGGAAAAGAACAUGCCGUUUUGCACAUGUAUUAUGCCAGGUUCAUGAACCACUAUUUGCACAGUAAGGGAUUUGUUUCCACACCGGAACCAUUUAAACGCCUGCUAGUACAGGGGAUGGUUAUGGGGCGAUCAUAUCGACUAAAGGGCAGUGGCAAAUAUCUCCCUGCCGACGAAGUGGAAGUACUUGACGAGAAGAAAAAUAAAGCCAUCGAGAAAGCAACUGGAUCACAGGUGGUAACGUUGUGGGAAAAGAUGUCCAAAUCCAAAUUGAACGGUGUGGAUCCGUUGGAGGUUCUGAAGCAGCAUGGGUGUGAUACAUUACGGAUGAUAUUGUUAGGAGAUGUGGCGCCCACUUCACAUCGCAAUUGGUCCGAAGCAACUUUUCCCGGAAUACUAAACUGGCAAAAGCGCAUUUGGAUGACCAUGCAUGACUACCGAUUAUAUCGAUCAGCCAUCCAAUUGGCGCAAGCUCCACCGGAUACAGAAGAGUUCCGCCAGCAGGACCGCAAGCUGUGGGAUGCGAGAAACUAUUUCUCCGCUGGUGCAACUUUCAACUAUAAAUUCUCCCAUCAGCUCAGCGUGGGCAUUUCCAAAAUGCAAGGCCUCACUAAUGCAAUUCGACGCUCUGCACCGGAAGUCGUAGCGUUUAGCGAGCAGUAUGAGCGGGCGAUAGCCGCACAAAUUAUAAUGCUGGCACCGAUGGCACCGCAUUUUGCGUCCGAACUGUGGGAGCAAUUUCAGGCACUGCCUCACAGGUUGAACAUCAGUUCGGAUGAAAUCCAGUGGGAUCGAGGGGUGUUUGAGCAAAACUGGCCCGUAGUAGAUGAAGAUUAUCCUUUGGAUUUAACAUUUAAGGUCAAUGGAUUUGAGUGCUGCAUACUCAAAAUUCCUGUAAAGGAUCUCAACCAGCUGACACACCAGCAAUCACUGGAUCUUGCCUUUGGCCAAGACGCGGUCUUGAGUUACAUAGGUCAGCGUAAGGUUCGCAACACUGACUUCGUGCUCUAUCCUGGAUGCGAUGCCAUCUUGAGUAUAACUUUAAAUCAAUUAUCUAAGGAAGAUAAGGAGCAGUUGAAAACACAAAUUGGUGAUGUGAAAGCGAAAUCCAAAAAUGACAAGAAGAGAAGCAAAAAGCAAAAGGAAGUAUGUAGUUAAGCAGUGAGCUGGAGCGUGGCGGCUAAAUUUAAUUUCAAAAUGUAAUCAGCCUUCUGUUUCACGGUUUUAAUGCUCCGAAACUCUGUUAGUGAUAAGAAUAAGGUCAAAAAGUUUAAUGAAUUGCAAUGCUGCAUGCGGAAAGCCAUCACAAUUUA